AUGUCACCUUCCAGGCAAGCAGAAGUUGAACAUUGGGAGCGAAAGUUAUACGACUAUAAAGAACGUCAUUUCGAGCUAUCUGCUAGAGUGCAUAUUUCUCACCUCGUUUUCGAAACCGGGUUCAGAAGACAGAUGGAUAGCCGGCAGAACAUCCGCCGAUUGAAACAAAUGAUGAAGAUUCAAGGGUGCCAACGCUUGAUGCAGGACAACCAUGUACCAGUGAUAGUUCCCAGAGCUGAUUGGCAAGAUCGCGUACGUCCGCGAUCUGGCAGUGGAGUCAUGUCUACCUUGGAGAUGGGGUUAGAUUACCGGUUGUGCGCGUACGAUCACGAAAAUCUCAUCACGGCUGCCAGGCAUGUCCUCGACUACGACAACCAGUGGUGGAUUGUAGAUGUGUAUCUAACAGAUAAUGACGAAGCCUCGCCCGAGAACCACAGCAAUGAGGUAGAGUCUGUUCGUCACAAGUUCAUUCAAUCGCUGAAAGAGCGAUACCCAAACGACAAUCGCCCACCCGAUGGACUGAUUUACGAGCGGAUCAAUCGCUACGAGGGCUACCUCAACACGCCGAGGGAUCCACUCGCUGCGAAUAACUGGUGGGCUGUACUGGAGGCCCUCGCGGGAAGUAAGAAAGGAAAGUAUUUGAAACAAUUCUUCAAACAUGAGACCUUACACCUGAAGCUAAACUCUUUGCUUGUCAUUCCGGGUCUUUGGGAAGGCAUGCGGAUUGGGCUACUUCAUAAGGUGACAGCAAUGCAUUGCGACGAGCCAAUAGCUUGCUACUGGGAAUUGAUCUUCAGCACCUUUUCGAGAUUGCUUGGAGGAAGAGACGAGCUUUUACCACUUAUUGACGGAGUCACGGUGGAUCUGGUUCAAUCUCGCGCUCCUAAAGUCUCCAGCAAAGAUUUGAGGUUUUUGCAAGACGAGUUAGAGGAGGGCAGGCUUUUUUCGAACUACUCGGAAGCAGCUCGACGAGAGAUAUGGGCGCGUUUGAAAGAGACUGAUUAUCCAAUUCCAACCUUGAAAACAUUUUUCAAAGAUCGGCUCUACCUUGAGGUCGCUCAAAGUGUCAUGAAGCGACUGUUCGUCCGGCCGCGAAACGAAAAGAUCACCAUUGACCAGGGUGUGUACGGGAAGUACGACACUCAGGUCCCCGUCUCAAUGGCGUUGAGACAGCAAUGGCUAGGAGACGACCUACUUGAAUUUUGGCGCUUCAGUUUCCAGUACGGAUUUGAAAUGACCAAUCACCAACGCCUAAAGUGGCCCAAGGACGCUGAUCCAGUAGGGUUGUUUGGUCAGCAGAGCUCCGAAUCGUCUUUUCUCUCCAAACAAGAGAUAUGGCGCCAUUUCUUUGCACUCGUGAGGGCUAGGUCAUUCCAAGCACCAGUCACAGACGACACCUCAUUUCCAAUGGGGGAAUUACCUUGCCCUAGGCCGUGUGAAUACCCAGAAGACUUGACCGAAGAAAUUGAAGUUGCCAAAAGAUGUGGAAAGCCAUACUCGAAUACUGUCGAGGCAGAUCGAUUCGCUCUGUCGGCAGAGUUGUUGCAGCAGGGCCAACCCCCGGUUCGCGUGACAGCGGGCUUUCUCCGACAGUCUGUUUUCAGGGCUUUCUUUAGCUAUCUUUGGAAUAGCAAUAGCCAAACACCCGGUCGUCGUCCUCCUCCUCCUCCUCCUCCUCCUCCUCCUCCUCCUCCUCCUGAGGAUAACGUCGAAGUUCACGAUCGCAGCGAAGAGCUGACUAGGGCAGACGUUGGCGGGAACGUGAUGGUAGCAGACGGCAUGGAAGUAGAUCCUGGGAGCCUCAGGCCGAGCCCUCUCGCCAUCUCAACAGCCCGGACUCAUGAGAAUGUGGCUUCUGCUUCAGCCGCUCAUCUGUCACCGUUGCCUUACGCCAUGCAUAUCAGCGUAGCAGGAACAACAAGAACAUUAAUUCUGAAAAUGGAUGACUCCUUUAUGACUGACUUUUCGAAUGGUCUGUCUGAUCACCACUUCACUGUUUGGAUUGAUGAGGAUGGGCGAUCCAUUCGCCCGGAGAACUGCUACUCGCACUACCUGGACAAUGCCUUAUCGGUUCUUCAUGCCGAAUUUAGGGAUGAUGCGCAAACUAGCUACGAUAGUACACCCUCGCAAAUGGGCGCUGGGAGCAAGAGAAGGAGGGUUGAUACAGCCAGAGCAGCUAGUGCAAACCAAUGGGUGCAGGAGCAAAUUGUCAGGCUGUUUGAUCUGCAUAACAGUGACGAAGGCGAGCUUUGA